AUGGAGAACUCUCAAAUCAUGAGGGAAGAGAAGCAACGGGGUUUCUUCGACUUACUUGAAGAAUCUCUGAAAAUCCCCUUCAGAAAUCCCUACUUCAUCAUCUUUGCCUUCUUCUCCUCUCUGCCUUUGUUCUCCUUUCUGAUUAUGUAUGAGACUGUCUUUCAGCAGACCAUGAUCAAAACAUUGAAGAAUAUUUUACAGGAAAACAAAUCUCCUUAUGUUGCCUUUGAUUCUUAUCUUGAAACCCUAGUGGAUACAGAGAGGUUGACUGAAGAAAUUUCUAGUAAGUUCCUUCUUUAUCUCCUAUAUUCAGAGUUACUCCAUUUGCUAGACCUCUUCAACAUGAUUGCUAUAGUAGACGUUGCUUCAAUAAUUUACAAAGGAGAGAAGGCCAUGAAUCUUAAGGACAUGUUAAGUAGAUGCAUCAAAGAAACAAGGCUUAAAGGGCCUCUCAUCACAUCCAUCUAUGCUCUCCUUUUAGAUUCUCUUAUUUCAAUCGGACUAGUCUCCUUGGUAAUGUAUAUUGUCAAAAUAUAUAGAGUGGAGUGCUGUAUGGAACAUGGGCAUUUUGAUGUCGAUUUUGGAAGAGAAAUAUGGCGAUGUAGCUUUAAUAAUCUCAGCAUAUCUAAGCAGAGGCAGCAGGAAAUAUGGAUUUCUCCUGAUGUUUGCGUUCUUUGCCUGGAGGUUUGCCUUAAGAUUGGCAUGCGUUUACGUGGGAUGGGACAUGGGAGGAAGUGGAGUUGCUGUGACAGUAGUGCAUACGAAUCCAUAGAUCAACUCGUUGUGGUUUGCGAGUUCAGUCCAUCAGUAAGACGGUUUGCGGAGAACAGGAGUAACCCCAAAAUAUCACAAACACAUAGCAGGAAUAGGUACUCUGUUCCCAAAUGGGAAAAAGACUUCUGCUUCCAAGUAGGUGGAAUGCAAUGGAAAGAUUUCUUGGAAGCCAAGAAAUCCAUCUCGCCAAGAUGCAAGGUCAUGAUGUGGGACGACUCUGAAGGUAAGGAGUGUUUCUACAAUGCCAGGUACCGGUUUUGGGCAGUCAAUUACGGUCACUCUCCUUAUUACAAUAUAAACCAUCAGAAUCCUGACAGAUACAUUGAUAAAAUUGAUUGGAAUCCUGAGAUUGAUCCUCAACUUUUAGUGGACCUCGAAGAAGCUCUUAAACCAGUGCCUUACGAUCCCAAGAAGGAGAAUAAUCCUGUGGUUUCGAUAGAAGAUAUCGAGCCAACAGGAUGGGAUGCGUGUGAAAAUUGGGCAGGACCUCCAUGCUUGACAGGCUUGAUUGUAGGAGACGAGGAUGGAGAAUGCAUGGGACAACAAGAACUUGCUGAUGGUUCAGCAAGUAACUGGUGA